UAUAACAGCCUCGAUUUCUUUCUUCCUUUUCUCCUCAUUGUUUUGACUCUCACACCAGGAGCCUGAGGACUGAAGACUGCUGCUCUUCUGGACCGGAGAUCUGGAGAUGAAGACAGACUCUACGCUUCUCUGUCGGACUUGGAUUGGAUUAGCGGUUGUCUCAGGUCUGGUGAUUGGCUUUUCUAUGACUCCACCCAUCCUCGACAGCUCCAGAGGCGACUUAGUGAUUCCAGUCUACGAAACGCUGACUAUUACAUGCAGGGGACAGAACACUCUGGCCUGGGCCUGGCCUGAUCAGACCCUGGUGGGACAGGAGCUAACCGACCGUCAGGCCCAGCUGUCGACCCCCCGGGCCCCCGGGCAGAGGGUGGCGUUAGUCAGCGCGUGCCCGGGGCAGCUUGGACAGCCGUACUGCAAGAGGCUGGUCCUGAGCGGCGCAUGGGGGAAAGACACCGGGUACUACCGCUGCUACUACAAGGAUGUGAAGGCCAUCAUCGACGGCACCACCGCCGUCAGCGUGUACGUCUUCAUCAGGGACCCAGAGAACCCCUUCCUCAGGCGGAGCAGCAACGUGGAAGGCCAAGCAAGUGACCUGGAGGCCAUUCUGAUCACCCGCUUCCACACGCACGUCACGGUGCCGUGUCUGGUCACGGUGCCGGAUCUGAACGUCACUCUCGUCGCGUAUCCGUUGCCUAUGGAGACGAGUGGGAUGACAUGGGACAACAAGCGGGGCUGGUCCGUUCCCAAACACAACAUCGACAGUACGCCGAUGCUCAUUGGAGUCUUGUGUGCCGCUACUCUGGGCGGGAAACGUUUUCAAUCUACCAACUACCUGUUCCACUCAACAGGAACUCAGAUUUAUGAUGUCAAGCUGUUUCCUGAGGACCCAGUGGAGCUGAUAGUGGGGGAGGCCCUCACCCUGAACUGCACAGCAAUGGUGGAGUUCAACACAGGGGUGAACAUCCAGUGGUCGUACCCCGGCAAACAGAAAAACAGUUGGGUGGACCCGAAGCCCUAUCGUGAAGCUCUGUCUCAGGCCACAGAGGUUGUCAGCAUCCUGACCAUCCCCAGCGUGAAUGUCACAGACACCGGCCCGUACAUCUGCAACGCCACCAGCAUGGGCGGAUCUCAAGACCAGCAAACUCAGGUCAUAGUUCACGAAAGGCCAUUUAUUGACCUCGACUACCGGAGUGGCUCCGUGGUGGAAGCAACCGCCGGCCAGAAGUCAUUCAAAUUACAAGUCAAUGUGUCUGCCUACCCAACGCCUGAAACACAAUGGUAUAAAGAUGGAAAGCUGAUGAACCAUCGCCCGGAGUUUAAGAUGAAGAGGAUGAGGAUUCACCUGAACCAUGCUUUGGAGAUUAGAGAAGUUUGUCAGGAGGAUUCUGGGAUCUAUGUGGUGGUGCUGAAAAAUCCUGCUGCUGCGCUGGAGAGGAGGCUCAACAUCACGCUUGUCGUCAACGUGCCCCCACAGAUCCAUGAGAAAGAAGUGGCAGAGCCGUCCAGUCCGUACCCGAGUGGCAGCAGCCAGAUUCUGACCUGCACCGCCUAUGGUCUCCCAGCUCCCAACGUCAGCUGGCAGUGGAGGGCCUGGGGCCCAUGUGUUCUCAACAGCACCCAAAGCAGACUGGUCCGACGAGACAGGAAGGGCCGGAGUGACGGGAUCGCCGACUGUCAGAACUGGCAGGACAUUAACUCGGAAAACGCAAUGAAUGAAAUCGAGGCUAUCGACACGUCCGUGGAAGUGGUGGACGGGCGAGAAAAGAUAGUGAGCAGGCUUCAGAUCCGCAACGCCAGCGUCUCCGUCAUGUACAAGUGCUCGGCCGAGAACAGGGUCGGCAAGGAUGAGCGGCUGAUCUACUUCUAUGUGACCACCAUCCCCGAGGGCUUCAGCGUGGACGUGCAGCCCUCGGAGAACCCCCUGGAGCAGGAGAGAGUCUCCCUGUGCUGCAGCGCCGACAAUUACACCUACGAGCAGCUGCAGUGGUACCGCCUGGACCCCCAGGCCCUGCAGGACGAGCAGGGCAAGCCCCAGGAGCUGGACUGCAGGAGCGUGCAUCUCUACGCCGACACGCUCGACGGCCAGCUCUCCUUCCAGGAGCCGUCCAACAGCUGGGUCCUGGACUUCACCAUCCCCUCGGUGCAGCUGCCAGAUGAGGGUCAUUAUGUGUGCGAGGCUCAGAGCCGGCGCAGCGGGGAGAAGCAGUGCCUCUUCAGAUACAUCUCUGUCAAAGCCCUGGAGGCACCGAGGUACAAGCGCAGCCUCACCAACCAGACGGUGAACGUGACCGAGUCCCUGCGGAUGGAGUGCGACGCCGAGGGCCGGCCACUGCCCCGCCUCUCCUGGUUCAAAGACAACCACCCUCUCCACCAAAUGUCAGGGAUCCAGCUGCAGGAUGCAAACCGCACUCUGAGUAUCCAGCGGGUGCGAGAGGAGGACGCCGGGCUUUACACCUGCACAGCCUGCAACCUGCGUGGAUGUGUCCACUCAUCAGCCGCCAUCAAGGUCAUCGGUUCCAGUGACAAGGCCAACGUGGAGAUCGUGAUCCUCAUCGGAACCGGAGUCAUCGCUGUUUUCUUCUGGGCCUUGCUCAUCGUCAUUUUCUGCAACGUGAAACGGGUUAACCCUGCAGACAUAAAGACGGGCUAUCUGUCCAUCAUCAUGGACCCGGGGGAGGUGCCUCUGGACGAGCAGUGUGAAUACCUGCCAUACGAUUCCUCGCAGUGGGAGAUCUCCAGAGACCGACUGCGACUGGGAAAAGUUUUGGGCCACGGAGCUUUCGGCAAAGUAAUUGAGGCAUCAAUCUGCGGCAUCAGCAAGAGCAACAGUUUGCACACAGUGGCUGUCAAGAUGCUGAAGGAUGGAUCCACAGCCAGCGAGCACAAGGCCUUGAUGUCAGAGUUGAAGAUAUUGAUUCACAUUGGAAAUCAUCUGAAUGUAGUCAACCUGUUGGGAGCCUGCACCAAACCUAGCGGUCCACUGAUGGUGGUAGUGGAAUACUGCAAGUACGGGAACCUGUCCAACUUCCUGCGAGCCAAGAGAGAGUUCUUCCUCCCAUACAGGGAUCGCUCUCCAAAAACCCAAAGCCAGGUAAGAAGGAUGAUCGAGGCGGGUCAAAUGGACCAAAGGGCUCAUCAGCCGUCUUCUCCACCCUCCCCCCCUACGCCCAAUACUCCACAGCCUCCGUCAUCCACCACGUCCGGUCAGAUUCCUGCUGGGGAGGAAAUGGAGGACUUGUGGAAGACUCCUCUGACGAUAGAAGAUCUCAUUUGCUACAGCUUCCAGGUGGCUCGGGGGAUGGAGUUCUUGGCCUCCAGAAAGUGUAUCCACAGAGACCUGGCCGCCCGGAACAUUCUCCUGUCUGAGAACAACAUUGUGAAGAUCUGUGACUUUGGCCUGGCCAGAGACAUAUACAAAGACCCGGACUACGUCAGGAAAGGCAAUGCUCGGCUGCCUUUAAAGUGGAUGGCUCCGGAGAGCAUCUUCGACAAAGUGUACACCAGCCAGAGUGACGUGUGGUCCUUUGGAGUUCUCCUCUGGGAAAUCUUUUCACUGGGUGCUUCUCCGUACCCGGGGGUUCAGAUUGACGAGGAUUUCUGCAAACGAUUAAAAGAUGGCGUCAGGAUGCGAUCACCAGAGACCGCCUCCCCUGAAAUAUAUGGCAUCAUGCUGGCCUGCUGGUACGGUGAACCCAAAGAGAGGCCGACCUUCCCUGCUCUGAUGCAGAUCCUGGGAGACCUGCUGCUGGACAACAGUCUACCUGAUGAGAAGGACUACAUCCCCCUGAAUCACUCCCAGAGCUCAGAGGAUGAUGGAUUCUCACAGGCGUCGUCACGGCCUCCGUCUGAAGAGGAGCUGAGACUGGCCUUCAACACUCUACCCACCAGGUAUUAUAACUGCGUGCCCUUUACCGGCUGUGUGUUUGUGGGACCCUCUACAAACUGCCAGCCCAGAGUGAAGACGUUUGAAGAGUCGCCCCUGGAGAUGAACCCACAUAAAGCUCCUCAGGAUAACCAGACGGACAGCGGGAUGGUUCUGGCCUCCGAGGAAUUUGAGAGAAUUGCCGCCUCCAAAAGUCGUAUUGGCAGCAGCAGCAGCACAGAGCCCCUGACUGCCUCCCAUGGCUCCCUGGGCCGAAGCAGCGGCGCCCGGCACCGUCCCAAGUUCUUCAGCCAGCUGUCAGGACAGACCUUCUACAACAACGAGUAUGGACACCUGUCCGAAGACGGCUUCUGUGACUUCUUCUCCUCGCCAGACACCCCCUGUCUGGCCUCCUCCAAUGUGUAACCUUAUCAAAGAUGCAGCCCAAAAAGAACUGAAGGGGUUAAAAAAAAAAAAAAAAAAAGUCAGGGGAGGUGUGUUGGAUUUACUAACAUCCCAGUGAUGACAUGUAACUAGUCAUUUAUCAAUGAUCAUCAGGUUAUUUUGACCAGAGCUGACCUCUACUCAUCUCAAAGUUCGUUCUCUGUGGCCUCAACAAACAGACUGAGCUGUGUGCCUGAAGUUUCUCUAACCAGCCACUGGGUGGCAGCAUUACAACAAAAACAUACUGAGUAUUUUCUAUUCACACGUUUAUAUUUUUAUCUUUUAUAUUCAGAGUAUUCUGCCUAUAUUUGUACAAAUUAUGUCUCGUACAGGAAGAAAUAAAAGUUUAUCUUCUUCUCA